CGGGGAUAUUUUUUAUGGUAAACUUACCUAAUCACUUUAUUUUCGCUCAUGAAUGAAAAUUACCUAUUUCACGAGGCAUUUGUUCAAAUAGUUACAGUUUUACAGAACCUAAUAUCUGAUUAAUUUUUGAGUUAUAAGAACUUUUACAACAAUCUCAAAAAAAUCAAAUAAUGAAAAAGGUCAAUUUAAAGAGAAAGAGACCAAGCAUUUGUUCUGAUGAUGAGCAAUUUUGUGAAAAAUUCAAGAAAUUUAUAAAAGACGAAAUGAAAGAAAUAGAAAUUGAGAAGAAUAAUGAAAUCUCUAGAAUUGAAAAUGAGAGUACAACUUUAUUAUCUUCAAUUGUAGAACGAGAACAUAUGCUGAAAAAUGAAAUUGAGGUUUUCUACUCUAAACGUCAAUCAAAACUGUCGAAAAUAUUAAAAGAUAGUUCAGUACUUGAAAAUUUUCCAUCAGUGGAAAGUGGUGAUAUUUCCUCUAUUCUUAAGUCAAAUUUGAAAUUAAUAAAGGACGAUUUCCUGAAUUUACUUGAAAAUACAUUAACAGAUCAAAUUUUCUUUGUUAAAUCAGAUAUAAAUAAUAGGUUAGCUAUUGGAUCUGUUCUCACGAAAUUGGAUAGAAAAGUGAAAUUCGAAUAUCCUUUAGUGAAAGUGAAAUCUUUCGAUUCUGGAAUAUAUGCAUUUUAUUCAGCUUCCUAUAGGAAUACGCAUUUGGCUAGUAUGUAUAAAGAACAGUAUAUGAUAUCUGAUUCUACUGUAUCAGAUAAGGAUUUUAUAUUUUGUAUGAAUAUAGAAACCGGAGAAAUUAUUAAUGAUCGUAUAAAAAUGCUUUCAAUAAUUGAUAUUGAAAUUUCAAAAGAUAUAUAUUACCUUUCGAAUGAUUGUAUAGAUAUUAAGAACUUUGAUCAAAAUAUCGACAACAUUUACAGCAUAGCUAAUUACAAUCACUCCUAUGGAUGCGUUAGACGAAAUGAUAAUUCACCUAUUUUCUUAGCAAAUUUCAAGAUCUAUUGCGGAGAUGAAUGUGUAAAUCGAAAUCCAAUGGUUGACAUAAUCUUUUCAAGCAAUAAAGCCUUCUCUGUAGGUGAAGAUCAACGAGUGUAUCGAAAUGUUGUUAAUUCUUUAUCACAGAUACGAAUAGAAACCAAAAUAAAGAAUCCAACUAUUGAUAAUUUAUUGGAUAAUAUUCUUAAAAACGGUGAAAAACUCUUAUUUGAUUCUAAAAAUAUCUACUCAAUUGAUGAAAAAUCAUUAAAGGUUGCUAUUUUUUUACAAGAAGAUUUAUUCGGUGAUUUUAUUGCUUUAGGAUAUAGACCAUUUUGUCAUGAAUCUGUUACAUUUGUAUUGUUUCAUCCAGCAAAUAUAAAAGAAAUUAAUUUGAAAAAUUAUAAAUUAAAAUCAUUAAUUAACGCAAACAAAGGGUAA